AUGGCUUUGUCGGACCUUCCUCCCAAACCUCCGGACACGCCGGAUCUUCUUUGCUCUCGAUAUACAUUAUCGGUGCACUUAUUCGUUCAUCUUCUGCCUGAGAUUCUCAGAUCUAAUCGUUUAUCUUCACCGACGAGACUCAGCGGCAUCACCUCCACCUUCCUUGCUAGAGACAUGGUUUGGCUGCUUAACAGCCAUCCUUUAUCCUCCUUUGCUUAUCAUGACCAGCUAACCGGAGAUAUGGUUCCCACAAAUCUUACGAGCGUAGUAGGAUGCUUCUCCGAAGAUGUUUUCCGAAGGAUGGCCGUCACCACUGUUGAUUCCGACCCUGACGACAGUUCAAUGACAUGGGCCGCCUGGCCCAUUAUGCCAAUUAGGGCUUUCAAAGUCACAUGUCAACUCGACUCUAUUUCGAUCUUUCGGCAUUGCCGUGAUGGUCCUAUUGACGCAAGCGAGUUACGGCUCCAUUUUGCUGUCAAGUUAUCUUGA